CAUUAUUAAUCCUCCGCCCGCGCGCCUGGCCCGGGGAGCCCCGACGCGCCCGGAGGAGCGGACCACCGGCGGGUCUCCCCUUCCUCCCGCCAAGCCAGAAUCUUCUCACAAGCGUAACUUUGCUCAAGAGUCUUAACUUUCUGUGUCUGGAUCCUGAAUUGUGCCAAAGGACUUAGCUGUUGUAAAGGGAAUUGUGUCUUGCCACCCGAGCCUGGGUGAAACCCUGAAAUUCUGUGACAAUAGCUUAUAGACAGAGGAUCAGUGAUUCUGCACCCAACAUGGAAAUUCCCAGAUCACGAUGGUCUUGAUUUAGACAUUGAAUUGGAAAGAGGGACUCCAUGAAAGAUGACAGAAGAAGUUAUUGUUAUAGCAAAGUGGGAUUACACUGCACAACAGGACCAAGAACUUGACAUAAAGAAGAAUGAACGCCUCUGGCUGUUAGAUGAUUCCAAAACAUGGUGGAGGGUAAGAAACGCAGCCAACAAAACAGGAUAUGUGCCAUCAAAUUAUGUUGAGAGGAAGAACAGCUUGAAGAAGGGUUCCUUGGUUAAAAAUCUGAAAGACACAUUGGGUUUGGGGAAAACAAAGCGGAAGACAAGUGCCAGAGACGCCUCACCGACCCCUAGUACUGAUGCAGAGUACCCGUCUAACGGUAGCAACGCCGAUCGGAUUUACGAUCUGAACAUCCCAGCAUACGUUAAAUUUGCCUAUGUGGCAGAAAGGGAAGAUGAACUCUCUCUCGUGAAAGGAUCCCGAGUCAUUGUUAUGGAAAAGUGCAGCGAUGGCUGGUGGAGAGGGAGUUACAACGGACAAAUUGGAUGGUUUCCUUCAAACUACGUGGUAGAAGAAGUCGAGGAAGCGACUGCCGAUUCGCCGAGUUUUCUCAGCUUGAGGAAGGGAGCCUCCAUGAGCAAUGGCCAAGCCAUGAAAGUACUUCACGUUGUUCAGACAUUGUACCCCUUCAGUUCUGUCACAGAAGAAGAGCUCAACUUCGAGAAAGGCGAAACCAUGGAAGUGAUAGAGAAACCUGAGAAUGACCCGGAAUGGUGGAAAUGUAAAAAUUCCCGAGGGCAAAUUGGCCUCGUUCCGAAAAACUAUGUAGUAAUCUUAAGUGAUGGCCCUACAAGUAACAGUUCCCACCCGCCUCCGAUAAGCUACACAGGGCCCUCUACUACGGGACGGUUUGCAGGAAGAGAAUGGUAUUAUGGGAAUGUUACUCGGCAUCAGGCAGAAUGUGCUCUAAACGAACGGGGAGCGGAAGGGGACUUCCUUGUCAGAGACAGCGAAUCUUCGCCCAGUGACUUUUCAGUAUCUCUAAAGGCAUCGGGGAAGAAUAAACAUUUCAAGGUGCAGCUGGUGGACAGUGUCUAUUGCAUUGGGCAGCGUCGAUUUAAUACUAUGGAUGAGUUGGUGGAACACUACAAAAAGGCUCCUAUCUUCACCAGUGAACAUGGGGAAAAGUUAUAUCUUGUGAAAGCACUUCAGUGACGUUGAAGAUGGACUUGGGCCUAUUGAGGGCCUCUUAUAACUUACAAGCCUUAGGUCCUAAAUUCACUUUUAUAGAGCAGAGCAGUCUACGCCAGUCUGAGACAGUCUUCAGAGAAUGACCUCUUUCUAAAGUAUUUGCUCUGUUGAUUAUAUUCUUUCUCUUUUGUUUCCCCGCCCAUUUUUCUCUCUCUCUUAUUUGCUUACUUGGUCUUUUUUCCCUCUCUCUCGAAAAUUUGGUUGCUUCACGUUUCCCUCAGGUUGAAAAUAUCACUUAAGUGGCCAUUCUUCCCUGGGUUCUAAGCUCCUCUCUUCUGUGUACGUUUACAUAGUUAGUUCACAUAAACAAGGGGUUUUUUCUCAAUUAAAAAACAGUGUUAACUUGUUCAGAUAGCUCACGCUGGCAGAACUCAUCAUUAAGAGACUGGGCACAGUUUGAAUGCACUGAACCUGCAGCUAACUAAGUGAAAUAUAGUAGACAUAACAAUUGUGGCUGUGAGUUCUGUAGCUAUUUUGCUUACCAAGUAGUAUACUCCAGAAAUUCCUAGUUUCUAGAAGCACUCUUUACAUUCUCUACUCAGCUAUUACAUUGCCUCCUUGAUUCUUUGUGAAGAGUACACUAACUAAAGCAUUUUGUAAUAGUACUUCUUAAACUACUACGGUAAAAAUUGUAGUAAUAAGAAAACUAUCUAGCAUACUUUGACAUGUAAUUGCAACAGAGAUGUUUCAUUGAAAGUUGAUUACUUAGAGAAUCAUUGAAUUGUAAUGGUUGAAUGUUUUGGUAAUCUACAACCAAAUGUGCCAUCCACAUAAUGCUUUCUUUUCUUGCCCUUCUGCUUGUUUGAAUUAAACAAUUAUGUAUUUAAUUCUUAAAGUAAUAUGUAUCUGUAGCUGAUUGACACUAAUACAGACAUUUAAUAAACAUAGCUAAUUAUGGGCGGGUGGGGCUUCCAACACAUAACAUGCAUACGUUUUAUAUAUGCAUAACGGAACAAAAAUUCAGGGUUUACAAACGGUGAUGUGAUUGGUAGUAAGACACACAGAAUGUUAUAUGAAGAAAAUGCUUUCUUUUUCCUUUUUCUUUACUUUUAACCUUCCUAUGGUUUUAAAUAUAGUCUUGAUGGCACAUUCCUGAAAAUUGAAAAGAAAAAAAAGGACCUUGAUGAUCCCAGAAACUUGCUUACCCAGCUUUUUGGAUAUUGUAAUAAAAAAGGUAUCAUGUGAA